AUGAAUGGAGAUUUUCCAGACGAUUUCAUUCUCAUGGGCUUUACCAAAUACCCAUGGUUGGAUCUUCCUCUCUUCUCUGUCCUACUGACUUCCUACAUGUUCACAUUGCUGGGAAACAUGGCCAUUAUCCUGGUCUCUCAACUGGAUUCCCAGCUCCAAAGUCCUAUGUAUUUCUUCCUUACCAGCCUUUCAUUUUUGGAUCUCUGUUUUACCACCACAACUGUCCCUCAAAUGCUGUUUAACUUACAGGGGCCAAACAAGAACAUCACUUACAUGGGCUGCAUGGCCCAGGCCUACGUGUUUCACUGGCUUGGCUGUACGGAGUGUGUUCUGCUUGGCGUCAUGGCCUUAGAUCGCUAUGUGGCUGUGUGCAAGCCUUUGAGGUACUCUGUCAUCAUGGACCACAGGCUCUGUCUGCAGCUGUCCAGCACUGCUUGGCUUGUUGGUCUGGCCAACUCAGUCCUGCAGUCUACACUCACCAUCCAGUUGCCCCUGUGUGGGAACCAGAUAGUGGACCACUUUUUCUGUGAGCUGCCUGGGCUUAUUAAGAUGUCUUGUGGGGACACCACAGUCAAUGAGGUUACAUUAUCAGUGGUGGCCACAUUCUUGAUAAUGGGUCCCCUCUCCAUGAUCCUUGUAUCUUAUAGUUAUAUUGCUCAAACUGUGUUUCGAAUUCCUUCUGCAGCCGGGAGACUUAAAGCUUUCAACACUUGCUCAUCACACUUGCUGGUGGUGUCUUUAUUUUAUGGUCCAGGUAUCUACAUCUACAUGCAACCCUCAGAGGAGGGCUCCCAAGACCUCAUCAAGGUCCUGACUCUGUUUUACUGUGUUAUUACUCCCAUGGCUAAUCCAUUCAUCUACACUCUUCGGAACAAAGACGUCAUAGGAGCUUUGAAGAGGCUUCUGAGGAAGGCCUUUUCAACUAAGAGGAUAUGA